GUGACGCGUCCCCUUCCACCCCUCCACUUUCAGCCCUUUGACAUUCAGUACCCAUUACCCUAAACCCUCUUCACCACUCGUUGUCAAUCACCCUCUCAGCUCCUUCACCGCACAGCAAACAAGAACCACUAUGGACCACUUCCCAACAAACUGGGGAAACCCUCGCUCGGAGGACGUCGACAACUAUAACACCUACCCGGUCGCAUCCCAUGUUGCUAAGGUGCCCCACAGUGUCACUCAAAUCGCAGGUUAUGGCCACUCUAACGGCCACCCUACAUCUCAUACCCAACAGCCAGUGGUCACAGGAACGUCAGUGCUAGGAAUCAAGUACAAGGGCGGUGUUAUGAUGGCUGCAGAUAACCUGGCAUCCUACGGAUCUCUGGCUCGCUUCCGUGAUGUGGAGAGGUUGCACAAGGUCACCGAUUUCACGGUCAUUGGCGCCAGUGGAGACAUUUCCGACUUUCAAUACGUCAAGCACCUCCUUGACGCUCAAAUGAUCAAGGAAUACAACGCGGACGACGGCCACACGUUAGCGACUCCCAACAUUUAUGAGUAUCUCUGGCGUGUCAUGUACAACCGUCGCUCAAAGAUGAACCCUCUUUGGAACACAUUUGUGCUCGGAGGUGUUCACAAGGGCGAGAGAUUCUUGGGAGCCAUUGAUUUGAAGGGAACGCCUUACCAAUCAGCAUCGAUCGCCACUGGAUUCGGAUCUCACCUCGCUCAGCCCAUUUUGCGCAAGGAACUCGAGACGCGUGGAGGCGAGGACAACAUCUCAGAGGAGGAUGCUGUCGAAAUUUUGAAGAAGAGCAUGAAGGUUCUCUUUUACAGAGAUGCCAGGAGCAUGAACAAGUUCCAACUGGCCAAGAUCACAGAUCAGGGAGUAACGAUUUCGGAGCCCAUGUCCGUGGAGACAGAGUGGGCCUUUGCCGAGAACAUUCGUGGAUAUGGCGCCUAAACUUUGUUCGUACCUACCGAUACACACAACAACAAAAUGGAUGGCAGUGUCAGUGCCUUUCGCCAGCGAAACGCCAGAACGGAGGCAGGCAAUGCAGUACCUCGCCAAUAAACAUGAACAAAAUGAACCGGGUG